AUGAAUUCAAAUAUGACGGCAUUUCAUCCACUUGUACCAAUAUCACUUUUAAGUUCUAAAGAAUCAACUAAUGGCGAUAAUUCUUUUCCUGUAACGCUUGGUUCAUCAAUGAAACGUGCAAUGUCGCUUAUUUCAUCGAGCUCAAAUCUGAUGAAUAAUCCAACUGCAUCAUCAUCAAUUUCAGUUACAAAUGGAUUGAAAUUAGGUAGUGAUCUGAUAAUCACUGUAAUUCGGUAUCCUGUUCAAAGUUUACCACUUAGUGUGGUCCAGAAAUGCACAGAUUUGAAGAACACCUUCGAGUUUCAGUAUUAUUAA